AUGUCUGUCCCCGCCAAGAAAGAGUUCCUGUGCAUCCUGCCGGAUAAACCCGGCGCGAUGGCGAAGCGCCUCGAGAUUCGACCUGCUCAUCUGGAGGGUAUCAAGCCUUUGGUUGCAUCUGGCACGGGCGAAACCCCUUCCUUCAAGGGAAGCAUGAUGCUCGCCAUGGCUGAGACCGAGGCUGAGGUGCGCCAGCUGCUUGCUAACGAUAUCUACGGCACCUCUGGUGUGUGGGAUUUGGAGAAUGCACAAAUUAUUCCCCCAGACUCAGUGCUAAAAUAUGUAAAAGUCCUGAAUCUUAUUGUUGCCCAACCAUGCAGCUACGGGAUACCUACACUAAGUUAUGUAUACGGCAGCACCAGUGGUGCAAAACAGCCAAACAUCCUUCUUAUCGCAACAUCAACUGCGAUUGUCCAACUACUCUCUCUGACCAACCCACAUCCAUCCAUCAUGGCUCCUGAACCCACUCCGUCCAAAGGCGGGGGGAUGAUGUCCUUGUACGCCAACCUGCUCGAUCCCUCCGCCGAGUCCCCGGGCACCAUUUCCCGCGCUCCCGUCGUCUUCAAGCAAGGCCCCGAGGCCGACGCGCAAUCCGACGAGUCUGCUGCGAAGAAGCAGCAGCUGAAUGCUGCUUCCCUCCGCUUCCAACCCACCAAAAGACCCCAGCUCUCAGCCCAGAAACCGAAACCCAAACCUUCAAUACCAAAGACCGCGCCCUCCUCCGCUACCCAGAACCCUGCACCUGCACCCGCAGCGCCUCCGAAAAGCACGCUUGCCGACUGGGCCGGUACGGAAGAUGAUGACUACAACGGGCACUACAUGGGCGAGAAGCGGCAGCGCGGAGGCAGGAAGAAACGCAAGAAGAAUCGCGAAGCGCAUGCUGCCGCGCAGAACUGGGAUGAUAUCUAUGAUCCGUCGCGACCGAACAACUACGAAGAAUACCGACAUAGUGAUGAGAAGAUUCUCGAAGUCCGCGAGUGGAAGGAUCGGCUGUAUGCCCAUCGGAUGAGACGCUUUCCGAGCAUGGACUCGGAUAGUGAGGACUAUGACCGCUUCGCACCGCCGCCGAAUCUUAAUGAUGCGCCCCCUCCACCACCGGCCUCGGUCCCUAACGAUGCAUUCGGCGAGGAUGCAUUCGCUCGCCGUAUGCGCAUGAGCCAACGCUCCGGUGAUGAUGGACCUAUGGAUUAUCAGGAAUCUCCGCCACCUCCUCCACCGCCUACAGAACCCCCUGCCGCGAUCUCCGACGAUCCUACCGGGGAAGAUGCAUACAUGCGACGACUACAACGAAGCGGAAUUCAACCGCCAGCAGAGAAUCCACCACCACCACCACCUUCACGCCCUCUCGACACCGUCCAACCCAGCGUCGUAACCAUUUCCCGCGCACCAGUCCGCUACACCCUUCCACCGCCCCCCGAAGAUAUCCCUGCCUCAGAAGCUGAGCUGGAAGCCGUAUUCGCGCAAGAACAACCUGCAGAAGAACCCGACGCAGAUGAGGACGCACCACGCUCACUCCGACCCGGCCAAAAGGGCUUCGCCGAGCGGCUCCUUGCCAAAUACGGCUGGACCAAGGGCUCUGGACUCGGCGCCACGGGAUCUGGUAUUGCCAAGCCGCUGCAGGUGAAGGUCGAGAAGCAGAAGAAACGACCCGACUCGGAGGGCGGAGGAUUCGCGACGCCCGCUGGGAGGGGAAAGAUCAUUGGGAGUAAGAGGAAGGGCGGGGAGGAUGAGGGCAAGUUUGGGGCUAUGACCGAGGUGAUUGUUUUGAGGGGCAUGCUGGAUGGUAUGGAUCUGGAGGCCGAGUUGGCUGGGGAGGGUGGUGGGCUGAUGCAGGAGAUUGGGGAGGAGUGUUCUGAGAAGUACGGAAGCGUGGAACGAGUCUUCAUCGCCCGAGAUGCGGGUGAACCGGUCCCGGUCUUCGUCAAGUUUACCAGUCCAUUAUCUGCUCUACGGGCCGUCAAUGCACUAGAAGGACGCAUUUUCAACGGGAAUAAAAUCGGAGCGCGGUUCUUCGACCCCGAGAAGUUCGCGAAAGGAGUCUAUGUCGACUGA